CGAAACACUUGUGAUUUUUCUGGUCAAUCCAUUGGUCCGGCACCUGAUAGUCGUCUACUAGUGAUAACUCAGGAAGGCAUGACGGUAGGCGAUGUAGAGCAUCUUUUGGCUCGUUCAGACGUUAAAGGUUUCCCUGUCGUUGUUUCUAAGGCGUCACAAUACCUGGUCGGAUGGGUGACAAGACGCGAUCUGAUCUGGGCACUAGGGUAA